UUGGAGAAAGGUAUCUUGCAUUUACUCUGGUAACAAGUCAAGGUGGUCUUGGAAACUGAAUGUAAAAACGCGAAAAACUGACAUUUUUCAAGUAGUAAAGUUAAAGAAGGUGUGUUUUCACCGAAUUGCCUAUCAGACAUCCAACGCAUACCAGUGAUCGGACUUCUGUUGAAACUUUUCUUCGUGUCCGCAUUGAACAGUUUGCUCGUCUGCUGCCAUGAGUUUCCUUUUCAGUAAUCGUUCGUCAAAGACCUUCAAGCCAAAGAAGAACAUUCCAGAAGGCUCCCACCAGUACGACCUGCUGAAGCACGCCGAGGCCACACUGGGCAGCGGGAAUCUGCGGCAGGCUGUGAUGUUGCCGGAGGGAGAAGACCUCAACGAGUGGAUCGCCGUUAACACGGUGGAUUUCUUUAACCAGAUCAACAUGCUGUACGGCACCAUCACAGAGUUCUGCACAGAGAUCAGCUGUGCUGUCAUGUCUGCGGGGCCCAGGUAUGAGUACCACUGGGCCGAUGGCACCAACAUUAAGAAGCCCAUCAAAUGCUCAGCCCCCAAAUACAUUGACUAUCUGAUGACCUGGGUGCAGGACCAGCUGGACGACGAGACUCUCUUCCCCUCCAAGAUCGGAGUGCCCUUCCCGAAGAACUUCCUGUCUGUGGCCAAGACCAUCCUGAAGAGGCUGUUCCGGGUCUACGCUCAUAUCUACCACCAGCACUUCGACUCUGUCAUGCAGCUGCAGGAGGAGGCCCACCUCAACACCUCCUUCAAACACUUCAUCUACUUCAUACAGGAGUUCAGCCUGAUCGAUCGGAGGGAGCUGGCCCCACUGCAGGACCUGAUCGAGAAGCUGGGAUCCAAGGACAGAUAGAGUCAAAGUCUGUCUGUGAUCCUCUCUGUCAGUCUGUCAGUGAUUCUCUCUGUGAACAUCUGUGAUUCUCUCUGUCAGUCUGUCUGUGAUUCUCUCUGUAAAGUCUGUCUGUGAUUCUCUCUGUGAACAUCUGUGAUCCUCUCUGUCAGUCUGUGAUUCUCUCUGUAAACAUCUGUGAUCCUGUCAGUCUGUCUGUGAUUCUCUGUAAAAGCCUGUGUGAUCCUCUCUGUCAGACUGUCUGUGAUCCUUUCUGUCAGUCUGUAAUUCUCUUUCUAAACAUCUAUGAUUGACUUUGUAAAUUCUGCCUGUGAUUCUCUCUGUAAACAUCUGUGAUUCUCUGUCAGUCUGUCUGUGAUUCUCUGUAAAGUCUACCUGUGAUCCUCUCUGUCAGUCUGUCUGUGGGGCGACAUGGCUCAGGCAGUAGGAGCAAUCGUCUGGCAGUCGGAGGGUUGCCGGUUCGAACCCCCGCCCGGGCUGUGUCGAAGUGUCCCUGAGCAAGACACCUAACCCCCAAAUGCUCCUGACGAGCUGAUCGGCACCUUGCAUGGCAGCCAAUCGCCAUCGGUGUGAGUGUGUGUAUGUAUGGGUGAAUGAGAAGCAUCAAUUGUACAGCGCUUUGGAUAAAGGCGCUAUAUAAAUGCCAACCAUUUACCAUUUAUCCUCUCUGUAAAAGUCUGUAUGAUCUUCUCUGUCAGUCCGUCUGUGAUCCUCUCUGUAAAAGUCCAUGUGAUCCUCUCUGUCAGCCUGUUUGUAAUCCUCUCUGUAAAUAUUUAUGAUUCUCUCUGUAAAGGUCUGUCUGUAAUCCUCUCUGUCCGUCUGUCUGUAAUCCUCUCUGUAAACGUCUGUGUGAUCCUCUCCGUAAAAGAGUCUGUUUCAUAUAAGAGUCUGUUUCAUCUCAGUUUCAUAUUUCUGAUGUCAUAUAAUGCAAAUAUUUUCCAUGUCCAAUUUGUAUUACUUUAUUAGGAUGAAACCGCAUGACAUACAUUUUAUGAAAAUAUUUUUUGUUUAUUUUCAUUAUUUUUUAGAAGCAUCCUGUUUAAUACAGGAGUUAUGGAUUCUUCAACUGGGACCAACUUCUGCCAUAUACAUCAGAGGCGAUAGUCUAUUUUUGAUAUUAGUAUUAAAUCAAUUUGUAGAUAAAUUGUUCUUUUAUAUUCUCUUCACAUUGUAAAACAUUUGUAUUUGGUCUUUUUUGCACUAGAAUUCAGCUUCAUGUUUUUAUCAAGUGGUCAAACAAUUUCUUUUUUUAUUAUCAUGCUCAUUUUUUUCAAAGUUAUUACAAACAGCCAAAAUUAAUAUUGUGAUUUAUGUUUUCUUACUUGAAUUACUGGGUCAAGUUAUUGAAUUACCACAAUGUUUAUCAUUUUCAGAUAUAAAAUAAACCACUGGGUUGAAUUUUAAAGCCAUGUGUAGUUGAUGAUGAGUCUUAGUAGAUUGAGAAUUAAACUUGAAGUGCCUUUUUAAUUAUGUGUAAUGUAAGCAAUUUCUUUAUUAACCGAAGAUGCACCAAAACUGAAAAAGGAAUAUUUAAACACUUGAGUACCUGCAAGUGAACAAGGGGAAUUGAGCAAGUGUAUUAUAUUGUUUGUUUGUUUGUUUGUUUGUUUGUUUGUUUGUUUUUUAACAUUGUUUUAAAUUUGUGGUACCUAGCAGAAUAUUCUAAAGACAUAUUUAAUGAGGAAUAUUUAAAACGUGUUUCUAUAAAAUAAUUGAACUUUUCUGAAAAGGUGUCUACAAAAUAAAAAUAUUGAAUGCGAAAUGUGA